CGGAGACCUCGGGUUUGUGCGACUCCCUAUUAUCUGAGUCUAGUCUACCAGGUCUACAUGAUGCGGGGAGAAGUAAUAAUUAGUUUGUCUUGGUAUUGACACACCCGGUAUGAGCACUUCAAACGUUCAAGUCUUCACGUCUUGUAGUUGUACACUCACAGCAGGUUGAAGUGUAGUCGAGUCUGUGUUUGCUUAGUCCACUACACCGAGCUGCCGUAGAUUCUACGCUCCAGCCUGAGUGCAGCAAGAACUCAAAGAAGGAUCAUUAUUAUUUUGGGCCUUGAAUAAGUAAUUCAGCAUUCUCACGACACGGUUGGAAAUUCUAGCCAGAAAACGUCCUCAUUCCGUUAGUGAUUACGCUGAAUACUUCAGCUUCAGGUUUGAUUCUAUUAGCAUCGUAGCGUCGAGGGUUCGAGUAGUUCAGUCUUCGGUGUGGAGCGUCGCUGCAAAGCAACACCAUACUUUGCGGUGGAAAAUCCGGGGAAGAUUAUCCUCUCGAGCCAGUCGAGGAAAGUCUGCACUGAGUUAUCCCUGCGCACAGCUUCAGCGAGAUGGAAGAUGAGAAUGUGCCUGCUGCCGCAGGCAAUCCGUUUGACUCGCCCGAGUUCAUUGCUGACAUACAUCCGUGGUUGCUGACUGUGGAUGCCGACAUGUUCAGGGAAGCAGCACAGCAAACCCAACUGCUGCGCACCUUAGCCAUUGUUGCAAACCUGGAAGACACUCUGCAGCGGGAAGGCUGGGAGGCUCAAAACACAGUGUCUGCGAUUCAAAAUUCGUAGUGAGUCUCGGCAAACUGCGACACAACAUACAUCGGAUGGGCAUACCGUUUCACCGCAUCCUAAUUGCCUCAAACGUGAACAACGUUCUGGAGGAGUUCAUAUCCACUGGCAUGUACGACCUGACACACCGUUCUCUGGUCCAAACCAUGUCACCAGCCAUAGAUAUCCUAGUCUCGUCCAACGUUGAACGACUGCUUCACCUCAUCGCUCGCGAGUCGCAAAACCCAUCGCACAUUGAGUGGGCCAGGCGGGCUUUCUUCGAGUUGAACCACACUCGCCAAUUUUCAACGCCAGCCGACUUGGUCGCGGCGAUUUCCUCGGAGCUUGCGCCUGUCUCCAUCUCGGACGAACAGUGCGGUCAGCAAAUCCGUGACCUGGCCUCGUCUGAACAGUACAUUCUGGACCCGCAUACGGCAGUGGCAGUGGCCGGGUGUCGGGAUGGGAAGAUCCCUGCCAGCGUUGCCCGGGUUGUCUUGGUAGCGGGCACAGCGCACUUUGCAAAGUUCCCGGAUGACGUCAGCGCCGCCGUCGCCAUUCCUGAGCCUCUCCUCUCCGACCUGUCUGGAGUCGUGCUGCACACUAGUCUGCAGGGCUCGCUGGCUGCAUCACGUCAAGCUGAUGUCGUCGAGUGUAGCGCAUCCGUCAACGAUAUGAAGCGUAUCGUUAAAUCGGCGCUGCUUCAGCAAGCGGCUUAAGCGAAACAGCUGGCAUGUGCCCUCCUGUGCAUGUCAUGGUAUUGGUCUUGAGUGUACAGGCGGCCCACUGUGACCUUCCAUAGCAAUUAGGCGAUAGCACAUGGAACACGCAUACCGGAUGAUUUAAAACUACCGGGGGAAGAGAGAACUGUUUGCAUGUGCAAAAUAAUGAUGUCGUGAGAGUACGGUACUGAUGCCAUGAAAGUAUGGCAAUGAUGUAGUUAGAGCACGGUAUGACAAUGAUGUAUUCAGAGUACGGUAUGACAAUGAUGUCAUGAGAAUAUGGCAAUGAUGUAAUUACAGAACGGUAAUGAUGUCAUGAGAGUUCGGUAAUGAUUUAUUGGGAGUACGGCAAAGAUGUAAUUUAAAAUUAGAGUACAGUAAUGAUGUCAUGAGAGCUUGGUAAUGACGUCAUGAUAGUAUAUGAUGUCAUGAGAGUACCUUGCUUGGGAUGACAGUGAUACUGGCUUCAAGCCUAUGGGUUAUAUGAACUUAUAUCCCAGUCGCUUUACGUUCUAAUCUCGUGCCGACGCGGGCUGUGUUAUCGAGACAGAAUUCUUGCGUAGAGCACAUUCCUGUCCAUCCGUUAGUCUUACAUAUUUAUCCUACUUGGGUAGCAACAUAUUUUUUCUUUAAUUGCUCCACCUUCGAGCUCUCGUGUUCUCUGCUCUAACCAUUCCAUGAUGGAUCGCUAAUGAUUAGGGAAACGUCAGUGUUUCCUCGCCUCAAUUGUAAGACUGCUCUUUAUUGACAAUAUCGUUUUGUGGACGGGUAUGUAUUGUAUGAUAAAUGAUGAUUGUCAGUUGGCAUAUGACAGAGUUGCCUGGCAAGCACAUCGUGCAUCUACUACUUACACAGCUGCGUAAUGCCGAUUCUUCCUUUUUUUUGAGAUUUUUCUGAUUUUCGGUCUUCUUAUUUUUAUUGGCAUCGCAGAUGAUGGUGAUAAUUGAUGUUGCAAAGGUGUCUAAAUAUUUUAUUUCCUUUGAAGUAUUUCUUGGUACCGUCAACAACAUACAUGUAGUUAUAGCUAGCAGUGUCAUCUCUCAAUGGCUAUUUCGCUAUAUGACUUGUCACAUGAUGUCUUGUCACCGACCAUUA